CAGUCUCAUUCGAGCAUGCAAGUGUCUCCUCGAAGCGCAUGCACCAUCAGCAAUGGCAGCAGCUAGCCACAAAAACUUCAGACUACGGGGCAUCCCGCUCGAAUGCGAGACUAGGAGUGAGGUUUGCAGCCUUGUUCAGAAGACUCUUGCACUCGAGCCCAAUGCCAGCCCUACUGUUUACUCGCUUGCAUGUUCCCCCACAGAUCCAAAUAGCAAGAUCGCGACACUCAGUUUUCCUUCAAUUCCAGAAUGUUUAUCCGAUUGCACAAAGGUUGAGUGGAGUUUCGACUUAUCUGGCGAUAACGACAUCGAUUUCAGCAGGUCUCUUGCUUUCGACACACACUUUACAGGUUUCACACCGUUUCAUCCCACAAGCGAUACUGAUUGCCAGAUUGACUUGAUUGCAGUCUGUGGCCUUGGAGGGCAUGCGCUGGGUUCAUUCAAGGAAAAGAAUGGUCGCUUCGUUUGGCUGCGAGAUGCACUUCCAUCAGACAUCCCAAAUGCAAGGAUUUUAACCUACGGCUACAAUAGUCAGCUUGUCGGAAGUGAAUCCUUUCAAAGCUUGACUGACCUGGGAAGAACAUUGCAGAUUGACCUUGAGGACAUUCGUGACUCAAACCAACCUCGCUCAAUUCUAUUCAUCGGACAUAGCCUGGGUGGGCUUGUCAUCAAAGAGACCGUCCGAAUAUUAAAAGAAGAGUCUCUUGGGCCCGACCUUUCAAUCUUAAACGCCGUUUCCGGCUUCGCCUUCUUUGGGGUUCCCCAUCGAGGUUUAGAAGUCAAGUGUCUGGUUCCUCUGGUAAAGGAUAAUCCCAACCGAGCACUUCUCGAGUCCCUCAACAAGAACUCUUCGCUUCUCGAGCACCUACAAAAUGAGUUCGGCAAAAUAUCCAAAGCGAGAAACCUCUCUGUUGUGUCGUUCUAUGAGACAGAAAAGUCCCCUACCGCAAUCUGGAUAAAUGGCAAAUGGGAGAUGUCUGGCACCAGCGAAGUGCUGGUAGAAGUGUUCUCGGCAACCUGCGGUUGUCAAAAGCAGCAUCCAAUCAACCGAAACCACUCUGAGAUGGUGAAAUACAGUGGCAUCCAUGAUCAAUUGUACCGAAGAGUAUUGAUUGCCCUCCGUCCUAUACUUGGUGUAUCACGAGGACGGCAUGGAAUUGCAGGUAUAAGAGAAGGGCCACAAGCUUGUGUUCAACUUUCAAAUGACGAGCAGGAGUGCCUGAAAUCGCUAUCAUUCCCCGAGCAAGAGCACAGAUACUCCGAGAUCUCCUACGCGAACGACACUUGCGAUUGGCUUCUAGAAGACUACAACUAUCAGAAAUGGAUGAAAUCAGAUCGCGGGCUCUUCUGGAUCAAAGGAUGCCCUGGAACAGGCAAAUCGACCCUUAUGAAGUUUGCAGCUGAUACGAUGAGCCACAGGAAGUCCGUAGAAGUCAUCGCUUCCUUUUUCAUCCAUGGACGCGGCAUAACAUUGCAACAGACGCCGUUGGGCAUAUUUCGAGCUUUGCUAAAUUCGUUGCUCUUGUCGUUUCCCAAGUACCUCGCGGAGCUCACAGAAGUCUUCCAAGAUAAACAGAAGCGUCACGGAUCAUAUGAGUAG